AUGGAUGUAAUCUUUGAAGUGCAAAAAGGAACACCAUUCUCAAUUGAAGUAGGUUUUUUCGACACUGUUUUGGAAAUCAAAGAAAAAGUUCAAAAGUACCAAGGAAUUCCAAUCUCCAAACAAACCCUAAUUUUCAAUGGUAAAAUUCUUCAAGACGAUGGCGACAUUUGGAAGUGCGAGAUUUUUCAAAACUCCCGCAUUAAUCUAAUAGUCGCCGCCGCAGAUUCUGAGGAUCCAAAAAUACCAAUAGCUCAUGAUAACAAAUUUCACCUCAAUGUGAAAACUCCUUCGUCCAAAUCUCACAUUCCUACGAAAAUCGACAAAAACAAUACCACUUCAAAGCUAAAAGAAAAAAUUCACGACAUUGAUCAAAAUAAUGUCCCAUUGAGAAAAGGCAUGUUGCAUGCAACCAAAACCAAAUUGUCUGAUAAUAAGAUCUUACGUGAUUGUGAUGUUUCAGAGAAGAGAAAAAUUGGGGUGAGUUUUAAGACACAGGUAUCGGCAGAACCUGCGAUGGUUGGUGGCAGAGGCAGAGGAAGAGGAAGAGGAAGAGGAAGAGGAGCUUCGAAGAAGACACAGGUAUCGGCAGAACCUGGGAUGGUUGGUGGUAGAGGCAAAGGAAGAGGAGCUUCGAAGAAGUUGAAGCAGAUGGUUUUGCCUAAAAGUGGAACAAAGAAAGCAGCUGUUGAAAUGAACACUUCAGACAAUCUUGGAGAAUCGAGGAAAUAA